AACAAAUCCUCAUAACCCUCUUUUCAAGCUUCUUACUUCUCCACUAAUCAUCCUGCCUUUCGGUGUACUAAUUUCAUCACCUUGUCCGAGCUUUUCGUGUAGCAAAAUUGAAUAAUACACUCCACUUUUCCUAGGAAAUAAAUUAAUCAAACUUGUUUUUUUCCAAUGCAUGGGGUCAGUUUGACGGUUGCAAUUUUUAUUAGUUAGGUUUGGACUUUUCAAACUUUGCUAGGCCCCUCCUUUACGACCCCCCCAUCUGUUUAAAUUGAUCUUUUCGACCAACUUGUUCUUUCAAAUUCUUUACAGCAAGCAACAAAAUAUUUUGAAGCCAAUUACAAUGGCGAUUGAGUUAUGUUCUGAUGAUUCGAGUCCUCGUAUCUCUUUCUCGCACGACAUUUCUCAAACAGAUACUGCUGGAAUUCCAUCAACUAAUUCAUCCUCUUCUAACUCUGGUCUUGAUUUUGAUUUUUGUGUGUUUCAUCAAAGCCUUGAUCUUGAAUCUUCUUCAGCCGAUGAGCUUUUCUUUGAUGGUAAAAUUCUCCCCAUUGAAAUGAAGAGAAAAAUUCCUCCAACUCUUCCACCCAACAAGCCACUAACAAAAAGUCAUAAGUUGGUCAUCCCCCAUGAGACGAGUUUCAAGAAUGAAAAAUUGAUCAAAAUGAAAAGUGGGAUUCUUGAUUCGAAUGAAAAACAAAGUUCAAAGUCAUUUUGGAGAUUCAAGCGCAGUAAUAGUAGUAGCAGUAGUACUAGUUAUGCAAGAACUUUAUGUCCUUUGGCACUUUUAUCUCGAAGUAAUUCAACUGGUUCUACUCCAAGUGUGAAGCAUAAACAGAAUUCCCAGAGAUCAUCUUCCUCUCUUUCAAAUGGUCAUCAUCAAAAACCUCCUUUGAGAAAGAUUCCAAGUAAUCCAUACAGCAGUGGGAUUAAAAUCAACUCAGUAUUAAAUGUCCCUCCAGCAAAUUUGUUUGGUUUGAGCUCUAUCUUUUCAAGUGGCAAGGAAAAAAACAAGAAGAGGUGAUUAAUUAGUGUAACGAUAUUGGCAAGGAAAAAGCCAAGAAGAGACGAUUGAUUAGUGUAACGAUAUUAUUUUUAAGUACUACUAGUAAAUGAUCCUUAAUUAGUUUUCUUUUUUCAA